AGCACACCUGGCAGGUGCCUGGCUGGUGGGCUGGGGUUCCAGGGGAGUUAGGAUCAGUACCACGGACAGUGCCUGUUUCUUCCCUCCAUAGUCUCCUCCGCUCCCCUGGAGCCCAGACCCAACAAGGAGGAGCUAACCCGUUGUCUAGCAGACGUGGUCAUGGAGGUGCUGACACUGGGCCAGGCCCAGAGAGGCCCCUGCACAGCUCUGCUCCACAAAGAGAUAUUUGAGAGAGAGCCCCAUGGCUGCGUGUCCCUUGAGGAGAAGAGGUUGCUGGGUGGGGACUUCACCAAGCAGGAGGCUGGAAAGAUGAGGUCCAGCCACGAGAUACGAGACAAGGAAGCAGAGGAAGCAGCAGAGAGGACCCAAAAGUCUGAGGUGCAGGAACAGGCCAUCCACACACAGCUCCACAGCCAGCUCCGCCAGGAGGAGGAAGAGGAGGAGGAGGAAGAGAAGAGCCAUCCAGGGAAGACCUUAGAGCAUAUGUGGGCGCAGCAUCUAGAGAGUGCCAGGGGCCCCCAGAAGCGGGUGGCUGAGAAGGCCAGCGAUGAGGAGACAGCCCAGUUUCAGGCAGAGGAGAAGGGUAUGCAGUUGCUGGGUGGAGGCCACAGUCUGUGGCAGGACGCUGGGAAGGUCCGGGGAGAAAGGCAUGAAGAGUCCUCGAACCAUCGUCACCACCUGGAGCAGCCGGACACCAAGGCCAAGCAUGAGGAAGAGGCAGAGGAGGAGGAGGCGGCUUCAGAACAGGAAGACUGUGUGGACAGGCUAGAGCACAUGGAGGAGCAGCUAAAGAAGGCCACCGCCAUGCUGGGGGAGGCACUUGCGAGGGAAGGCUGACCCCACUCCACUCUUCUCCUUUCCUAUACUCCCUAAGGCCCAGGGCUGUUGACCUCAGAGCCCCCAUGCCAUCUGG